AUGGCGCUGGUGAAAGACGAGAGUGAAGACGUGGUGAUCGUGAAACACGAAGAUGCAGUGGAACAAACAGAUGCUCCAGUGCCUCAUCCAGCCAAACUUCGCAUCAUUCUUCAGGAACAUGACAUUCGCAAACUGGACUUGCCUCAGGGAAUCCCUGGGAGUGUGAAUGAGCUUGAGCAUAUCGUGAGGAAGACAUUUGGCCUCAUUGGGAGCUUUACUUUGCAUUAUAAGGAUCCUGAUUUCGGAGAGGAGUAUUUCUCUGUUACCUCAACAAGUGACAUCAAGGACAAGGACACGAUUAAGGUGAUUCACAUUGUUGAACCUCCUACACUUACUCUGACCUUUACCAAUGUGGAUAAUUCUGUUAAAAGUGCUUCAAAGACCUCAAUCCAAACCUCAGCGUCCUCGGUCUACACUUCAGUGACCUCCGUCCAUCCGUCCAACAGCAGUUCCUCUCCUGGAUCUCAGGAUACGUCGACUCUUUCCUCGCCUGAACACAAGACUCAGCGCUCACAGCGUUGGCCUACUGAAUUCCCAGUACCUCGCUUUGCGUAUGACUCAGAACUUGUGCUUGCUUCAGGAAACGAAGCUUUCAAGAAGGAUGGAUUUCAACUCAACUUCACCUCAAUCCUUCCAGACAUCCUGGAGAAACUGGCCGAAAGCAUCUUUCAGUACGUGGCCUAUCCAACAAGCGCACAGUUGUCCGAUGUCAUCGAGGCGCUGAUUCAGAAACAUCCUUGCCUUCGAGAACCGGGCUCGUAUAAUGGAUGCUACCAAUGGCGACAAAGACUAAAAUAUAAAAUGGGCAACUAUAGAUCGAAACUGAGAGGUCUUGGAUGCCCUGAGCUCGACGUGAACUCUCUCAAAAAGAAGCGAGCACAUGAAAGAGCACCAGCCAAGAAUAUCAAGAAGCCCAGAAAGGCAGAGGUGAACUUCUUGCCGCCUCACCCACAGGGAGAAACUGAAGAAAGCUUGGAAAAUGAACGAGUGGCGCUCCUUAAUGAGGUGAAGAUGAGGAACAACUAUCAGAUCAUCUGUGAGAAAAUGGCAAAGACAUUCUCCUUCCGCAGACAGGAGGUUGUCAGUUACGCACUCUCAGUCAGUGAUUUAAAAAACAGAUGGCCUGCUCUUUUUUGUGCAGAUCAGAUAAACAAAGAAUUCACAAGGAUCACCACUGUUAACCUGGAGGAAACUUUCAUUGCAAAACUGGACCACUACUUCUCAAAAAUAAUUUCCUUGGUGUUGACAAGAAGAGGGCCUGCGACCAUGAGCAUUCAGCGAAUCAGGAACAUGCUGCUAGAGGAUUAUUCUUUGGAAAGGAGGAGAGAGGCUGUUAUCCGUUCCAUAAUGGUGCAUCUCAGAGACAAGGAAGAUGAUCUCUUUAAAGAGCGCUUGGAUGAUGGGGAUAAUACCAAUGAAAGGAUGAAGAUUAUUAUAACUAGAGGAGCCACAACGUCUGACCCAACCAACGCAAGGAUUGUGAUCGAGGGAACUGAGCUCCAGGAAGACCUAGACGUUCCCCGGGCCUGUGCUCUGCUAAUGGGGCUGAUAUACGCACUCAACCUCAGCUACCCAAAAGAACUGAAAAAUACUUUUGAGGCAUUUCAGAAGAUUUUCCUUGAGCUGGAUGACCUGAAGCCUAGCCUGAAGGUGAUGUCUCUAAAAAACAAACUGCUGUACUAAAACACUGUGGAAUUAGGCUGCCGUCAUCAGAUUCAAAUGUUGGAUUGUGCUGCAAAUGUAAAAGUUUCUUGUGUAUAAAAUUACAUUAAUAAAAUAAAUGCAGUUUAAAACAAAAGCUUAAACAAAACUGUUAAAAAACUACUUUAGUUUUAGUAAGGUGGACUCAAUCAAAUGGCAUUUGAGUGUAUAUUGUCCAAAUCCAAUUCUGUUCUUGUUCUCUUUUUUUCCUUUUUUGGAAAUAAAACUACAUAUCUACUUACAAA